AUGUCUCAAGGUUCCGUCUUAAAAGAUCUUGUCUUGUUGAACAAUUCUGGAUCCCAAAUAUUAGCGUAUCAUCGACGUUUUGGUGGUAGAAUAUCUUACAUCAACCAAUGGGUAAAGUAUUUUUUAUGCUUGGCGAACUUCAUUUUCUUAGCUGCUGGAACAUUGUUUCUUGUGUUCGGUGUGAUCGCAUUUAGUGAGUCGGGAGGUAUACCAUGGAAAUCUAAAACUAUUGCAUUGCACUGGCUUUUUAACUUGACCGUAGUUUGUAUGGUCGUUGGGGUCAUAACCUUAUUUGUUUCACUGGCUGGUUUUGUCGGAUCUUUACGUGAAAACACUUGUCUGCUGAGAUUUUAUUACUUCAUUUUAACGUUGCUUUUUCUGACAGAGGUAGUUUGCUGCGUAUUAUUCUUUAUAUACCGUGAAUCAACUGUCCACAGGCUUGAAGAGUUAAUCAAAACUACUUUUGUUAUCCAAUAUAGAGAACUUGGAUUUGAGGAUACAACAAACUUUAUGGACUUUAUUCAAAAAGAGCUUAAUUGUUGCGGACCUAAGUCAUAUCUUGAUUGGACAGCUAAUCGAUACUUUUCAUGUGAUAAGUCUAAUAUAAGUCCUGAAGCUUGUGGAGUUCCAUAUUCUUGUUGCCGUCAAAUGAACGAUAUCAGUGUUAAUAUUAUUAAUACAUCGUGUGGAUUUGGUGUACAAAAAUUAACAACUGCUGAAGUCAAUCGUAUGGUAUGGACAACUGGAUGUGUUGAUGCUCUUAUCGAAGCAGUAGAAAACAACAUAGUCUAUUUCGCUUAUGGGUUUGUUAGCGUAGCUGUGUUUCAGCUUAUAGCUAUUCUACUUGCAAAGACACUGCAUACACAAAUCAAUGAUCAACUGCGUUUACUGCAUCAAGAAAAUAAUUACUAUUGA